CCUCUCCUCCUCCCGAGCGCCACAAACGGGACAGGGACGAGCGGGUUCGGGCGCGCGCUGCUGUCAGUCCUGUGCGCUGCGCUCGCGCCGUCACCGUCAUCCCCUUUUGACCGAUGCCUUGGCUUUUCACGCCGCCUCGUUUUUCACGUUUUAGACCCGAGACGGACUUUAUUUAGUGCGUUUAGAAGUUUGAUUCACUUUCCACCAUCUUUCUCUCUUUUUAAUCUUAAAAGAAAACAUUUUUUGUGACAAUUUUGCUCAUUAAAAAAAAAAGUUAGCUUUUAGAGAUCAUGGCAACGUCGGUUCCUUUGCUCCCAUCGGCGCCGCUCGCGCACCACGCGCCUCCGCCGAUUUCCAUCUCUGCCUCGGCCGGUGGUGGCUCCUCGAGCCCGGCGAGCCUGUCUCCAUCGCCGUCGUCGCUCGCUCCCUCGGCGGCGUUGAGCCUCUUCCGCUCGGACCUGCUGCCUUCCGCGAGUCCGGCUCUCCCGGUGGGCAGCGCUCCGCACAAGCCCGCGUAUGCCACGCCGUCUCCGGUGGAGAGCACGCCGCGCAACAACGAGUGUCGCCUGGUGGAGGUGCGCGGCGCGCGCCUCGCCUCGUUCACCGUCGACGGCCGAGAGCUCAUCUGCCUUCCGCAGGCGUUCGACCUCUUCCUGAAGCACCUGGUCGGCGGCUUGCACACCGUGUACACCAAGCUCAAGCGGCUGGAGAUCACGCCGGUGGUGUGCAACGUGGAGCAGGUGCGCGUGCUGCGCGGACUCGGCGCAAUCCAGCCAGGCGUGAACCGCUGCAAGCUGAUCUCGCGCAGGGACUUCGAGGUGCUCUACAACGACUGCACUAACGCCGGCUCCAGACCUGGCCGACCUCCUAAAAGGACCCAGAGUGUGACGUCCCCCGAGAGUCCACACAUCCUGCCCCACUCUGUCUCUGGACUCAUGUCCUCAGGACUCAUGUCUCACACAGGCCUGACCGCUGCUACUUUAGCCGAGGCCAUGAAGAAAAAGAUUAAACUGGAGGUUUUGAACAGCUACCAUGGCACCAACAACCAUGGCCCAGACCCUGAGAACGGAGACGUUAACACAGGCCUGGCAGGACUGGAGCUGCCGUUCAUGAUGAUGUCCCAUCCUCUGAUUCCUGUUAGCCUGCCCCCUGCCUCGGUCACCAUGGCCAUGAACCAGAUGAACCACCUGAGUACCAUCGCCAGCAUGGCCGCCACUGUUCAAGCGCAGAACGACUCAAGCCGUAUGGCCACCUCCGUCAUCAAGGAGCGAGUGCGAGACAGUCCAUCCCCGUCUCCAUCUCUGGAGGACGGCCGCAGGUCAGGGAGUCACGUAUCCUCCAGGCAGAGCAGCAGCGUGUCCAGUUCUCCUGCUCAUACCGAGAGCUCUUCUGAUCGGCCGCCUGUGCACCAGAAUGGCCUUUCCUUGGGUCAUGCUCUGCUAGGCCUGUCUCCCAAUGCACCCCCAGGACCUAAAGAGGGGGAUCUGGCAACCCAAGAUGCUGGCCAUGACUCAAGGAGGACGCAUGCAGAAAAAGAAGACAGUAUUCUGUGCACGCCCACAUCUCGCGAAACCUAUGAGAGGCUUUCUCACACUAUUCCCACGCUGCCCCCAGGCUUCCCUGCACCGUUGCUCUUUCCAGAGGGCCUGUCUUCCAUAGAAACACUCCUCACUAACAUCCAGGGUCUGCUGAAGGUGGCUAUAGACAAUGCCCGGGCGCAGGAGAAGCAGGUGCAGUUGGAGAAGACGGAGCUGAAGAUGGAGCUUUAUAGGGAGAGGGAACUGCGUGAGACGCUGGAGAGACAGCUCUGUGUGGAGCAGAAAAACCGAGCCCUGAUCCAGAAGCGACUAAAGAAAGAGAAAAAGACUAAACGGAAGCUCCAGGAAGCUCUCGAGUACGAGUCCAAGCGACGUGACCAGGUUGAGCAGACGCUGCAGCAGACGACAGCCAGCGAGCACGCUCACACUCCAAAAGAGCCACCUGCUCCGGAAAUGGAGAGCGACCUGUGCAGGGACAGAACAGAUGCAGACAGGACGAUACCAGAUGGACGGCUCUUUCUCAAGACUGCGGUGAUGUACUGAAGAAGCGAGAUAACAUGUAAAUCAGAGCGGAGACAGAAGAAGCAGAAGUGAGAAUAAUCACAAAAAUUCGAUUGUAUUGGAGGACUAGAGACAUUUCAAGGGCCCCCAAAGGGUCGGUGUCUACAAAUUACUGCGAGGAGACUGUCACACGCAUUGGAAAUCAAUGCUUUCAUUGUGGCUCUCUGUGAAGUCCACGCACCUUUUCUUAUCACGGAGGCUAAAAACACACCAUGUGGACCUUCAUGACCAUUUUUUUCUAGGAUAUUUAAACCUCUCACAACUUUACUGACCAUGACAAAAAAAAUAUUUCAGAGCUUCUCUUUUAUAGCCCUGACAUGUUUAACUAUCUAUAUAGCACUAUUUCCAUGAGGAGGGAGGGAGGGAGGGAGGGUGAGUCUGAGAAUUUGAGUUUAUUCAUUGUUUAUCGAAUAUCUACAUUUAAUGUGUUUUUUGUGUAGCUGUCUUGUUAUUCCCAGAAAAGAUUUUUUUGUUUUGUUUUUCUUUUAUCUCAUUAUUAUAUGUUUGAUGAUUAUAGCAGGUAUUCUCAAACGAAGAAAAAAAAAUCAUGAAACAUGGAACGUGUACAUAAAAGUGUAGAGAUAAUAUUGUGCAUUGUAUGUUGUAGCGCUGUUAGGAAAUCAAUACAAACCUUUUAAUGAAA